AGGAUCGCGACACGUACCCCCCACCCCUGUGCGACACCCCGGGCUCCGUGAUCUUCGCUGUCGCGCACCAUGAGACUGCCAUUCACUGUCCUCGUCCUGGCUCUGGCCACGUCCAGGGCUGACGCAGAGUCACACUGGUGCUACGACAUUCAAGCUGACAACUACCAGCAGAACUGCCAGAGGCCUGCCCAGUGGGAUGGAGAGUGCCAGAAGAGCCACCAGUCCCCGGUUGAUAUUGUCACCAACAAGGCUAGGCUGGACCACAACCUGAAGGACUUCUCUUUCUCUGGCUAUGACAAGAAGGAAAGGCUGACUGUCCAGAACAACGGGCACACAGUAAUGGUGUCGCUGAAACCUGAUGUCACGAUUAGGGGAGGAGGCCUGGCCACACAGUAUCGGGCCACGCAGCUGCACUUGCACUGGUCCGAGAGCCUGAACAAGGGCUCGGAGCACAGCCUCAAUGGGCAACGCUUCGCCAUGGAGAUGCACAUCGUGCACGAGAAGGAGACGAGCACAUGGAGCCUCAAGGAAGAGGCCCAGAACCCUAAAGACCAGAUUGCCGUGCUGGCCUUCCUCGUGGAGGAGGGAAAUGAGCCCAAUGAAGGCUUCGCACUUCUGCUGGAGGCCCUGAGCCGUAUCCCCAAGCCCGGUAUGAGCACCACCAUGGAGACAAGCAGCAUAAUGGACCUGCUGCCCAAGGAGGACAGACUGCGACACUACUUCCGCUACCAGGGCUCGCUCACCACACCGGCCUGCAACGAGACAGUUGUGUGGACUGUGUUCAAAGAGCACAUUCUGCUCCACAAAGACCAGAUCCUGGCCUUCUCCCAGAAGCUGUACUAUGAUGAUGAGGAGAAACAGAAGAUGACAGACAAUGUCAGGCCCGUGCAGCCCCUGGGAGACCGCCUGGUGUACACAUCGCGGGCCCCUGGACAGCUGCUGCCCGUGCCCCUGCCUGCCUUGCUGCUGCCUGCGCUCACCUACCUGGCGUCCGGUGUCCUCUGACAAUGGCUCAUUUCUGGACAGUGCCCCCUGACCGUAGACUUCAGAGGACUUGGCUUCCAGUCUUUAUGUUUCCUGGGUUGGACUCUUGGUGAUUAAAAUAUGGGUAUAUUUUUUGAGAA